AACCGCAAAAAACUGGACUUUUACCAAUCGUGGACAAGCUAUACACGCGCUAUUGCAAUCAGUCUAACGUAUCAGCUUCCUUGCUAGAACACAAAAAACCUCCACGACGAAACAGAAGCAGCGAGCGACACGUCCGCGUCUCUAAGCCAAAAGCGCCCCGUGCAAGACUACCCGAGGACAACCUCAUGGACUCUACAGCAAUCAUGGACAUGGAUCAUCGCGGAAGCUGGGGGUCGCGCGAGGGGGACAUCGGGAUGAAAGGAACAAGAUUCUACAGACUGAUUGCAGUGUCUCUGGGGCUGCUGUGUGUUGUACUACUGAUUGCUAUUAUACCUCUCUGUAUCCAUUAUAAUAAAGAGGUUAAUAAUAACAGGGAGACUCUGAUGGUUCUGAAAACAGAGAGAGACCAACUACAGACCAAUUACAGCACUGUUAUAGCAGAGAGAGACCAACUACAGACCAAUUACAGCACUGUUAUAGCAGAGAAAGACCAGCUGCAGAAGAGGCUGGCCAUUUUAGAGCCUCCCUGCCCUGAGGACUGGAUAGAGUUCAACUCCAGUUUGUACUUCCUAUCCACUGAACAACAGAAGACCUGGAGACAUAGCCGAAGUGACUGCAUAGAAAGAGGAGCUGACCUGGUUAUCAUUAACAGCAGAAAGGAACAGGAAUUUUUGAAUGGAUUAAUGAAGACAAAACAUUUCUGGAUCGGACUGAGCGACACAGAUGAAGAAAACACAUGGAAGUGGGUAGACGGCACAGUACUGACCUCAGGGUUCUGGAAGACAGGGGAGCCUAAUGACGCUGAUGAUAUGGAAGACUGUGCUACAAGUGAACCUGAAUCUAAUCCAAUCAGCAACUGGAAUGACAUGCCUUGCUCCAGGGAUAGGAACUGGGUUUGUGAAAGAUCAGUGUGUCAUUAACAUCUCUCUCUCUCUCUGUCUCUCUCUCUCGCUCUCUCUCUCUCUCUCUCUCACACACACACACACACACACACCACUCACACAUGCAAAUUUAAUAAUCUCUGGGGAAAUAAUUAUGCUACAUGGCCAAAAGUGUGUUGACACCUGACACCCAACAUCUCAUCCAAAAUUAUGGGCAUUAAUAUGGAUGGAGUUGGUCCACCCUUUGCAGCUGUAACAGCCUCCACUCCUCUGGGAAGGAUUUAGACUCGAUGUCAGAGCAUUGCUGCAGGGGUUUGCUUCCAUUCAGCCAGAGUAACAUUAGUGAGGUUGGGCUCUGAUUGGACGAUUAGGCCUGGCUCGCAAUUGGCUUUCCAACUGAUAUCAAAGGUGUUGGGGACCAAGGGCUGUCCAGAUACUUUUGGUCAUAUAGUGUAUUUAGAUGUUUUACAAAGGAAAACAUUUAAGGAAACACAGGAGACUUGUGAUAAGACCCCUGUUCCAAGAUAUGCAUUUCGUCCUGUUUAUAAUUCUACUGCAAUUAUUGUAAUAAUCAUUUGUCCCUUUUACAUAUACAUAUUUACCUUUUAAUGUUGUUAUCUCAUCUUUACUUAUAGUCUCUUGUGUUCUUGCCUUAAUUUUAUUAUUGAUCAUUCAGCAGCAUAAAAUCAUGUGUUCAAUUGGCAUUUAAUCUGUACUGAAUUAUACUGUUUUUAUUGAUAUAAUUGUUUUGUAAUCUUGUGUCUGGUUAAAUUGAUGUGUUUUAGUAGAAAAGUAGCAAAAAUUAAUUUUGGUUGUAGAUAUUUAUGCAAGAAAUGUGAAUGUGUACUAAUCAUAAUGGAUGUACUGCCAUCUAAUGGUAAUGUAGUGAAUUUCAAUGUUUUAUUUCAAGAAGGGAUGGGUUGUAACAUAAUGCUUAAUGAAGGAUCUUCUUUCCUAAAA